CGCCAUUUUGCAGACGGGAGCCGAAAUCCUAAAGGUAGAGGUGUUGGGAGCCGUGCUCAGUUUGGGGACAGGUAACAGAAUUCAAUUACAAUGGGAAACGUUUUUGAAAAACUGUUUAAAAGUCUAUUUGGGAAAAAAGAGAUGCGAAUUCUUAUGGUGGGUUUGGAUGCAGCUGGAAAAACCACCAUCUUGUAUAAAUUGAAGCUGGGAGAGAUUGUGACUACCAUCCCUACAAUAGGUUUCAAUGUGGAGACGGUAGAAUAUAAAAACAUCAGCUUCACAGUCUGGGAUGUUGGUGGCCAGGACAAAAUCAGACCUUUGUGGCGACAUUAUUUCCAGAACACCCAAGGUCUGAUUUUUGUGGUUGACAGUAAUGAUAGAGAGCGGGUCAAUGAGGCCCGAGAAGAACUAACCAGAAUGUUAGCAGAAGAUGAGCUCAGAGAUGCAGUUUUAUUGGUGUUUGUAAAUAAACAGGAUCUUCCCAAUGCUAUGAACGCAGCAGAGAUAACAGACAAGCUCGGCUUACAUUCCCUCCGCCAGCGAAACUGGUACAUUCAGGCUACUUGUGCCACCAGUGGAGAUGGGCUUUAUGAAGGCCUGGACUGGCUCUCCAACCAGCUCAAAAACCAGAAGUGAUCGGAAGUGAUCUAUUCCCUGUGCAUCGUGGCAAAAUCAGCUGGCCUCUUCUGUGUGCAUGUGUGUGUGUGAGGAGCCAAGUGUGGGUGUGUGGCUGGGAGUGGGAGCAGCUUUCUCACACCGUGCCUUAUACAUGCUGUAAGAAAACCUGUCCUACAUUUUAAGAAAAACCAGUGUUACAUUUUAAAUGCUACCUUCUGUUUCAAUAGCUUUGAUGAUCAGUUUUGCAGUUGAUGGCGGAGUCCAGAGGGCUCACUGGUGCACGAUAGCCAGAGUGGUCUUUGUGGUGGGAACGCGGGGGAGAGUUGGCGUGUGGACUGAGUUCAUUUGUGCAGUCCUGGAUCUGGCGUCUGCACACCUGGGGUCCUGUUAGACUUUGGUGUCCUUUUGUAAAUAGGAAGGAACUGUCAUUCUUUCCCAUCACUGCCAGAGAUAGCAGCUCACUUUUCAGUGCUUUAAAGCAAACGAUCCUCAAGAAAAAAAGGCACUUGCUUACCACAGGAUGGAAGUUCAGAUUUGAACUUUUCCCUUAAAUUAUGUUCAACCUAGAUUUCCUGGUUUAACGUGCUUUAUUUAAAGGAACCAGUUAUCUUUUUCAUUAGAGUAUCAAGACUCUGUAACACUAGAAAAUUAUCCAGUCCUUCCCUUAUGCUAGUUCCUGCCCUUAUUUGCCAAAUGGAGACCAAAUUGGGUAAUAACCCAACAUGAGGCUGAGGCUCUUACUGGGGCCACACAGUCAAGCGAGGGUCAGGUUAAGGAAGCGAGGUGACGUCAUGUUUGUGUCCUACAUCACCGUCUCAGGCGUAGGCUCGUGAGACUGCUGCUCCCACUGCUCUCUCUGUGCUGAAUGCUCUGCGCUCGAAGCAGGAGGUUCGCUCCUGGGAUGGACUCAUCACCAUGUACAGUCUCUUAGGCCAACUUUUGGUUUGGGUUAGUUUCUGUUCCCAGAACCACAUGCCUGUGAGUUCUGAAAGUUUGUGAGAGAAUUAAGAAGUUGAUUUUGGGGACAAAAUUCCUGGCAACCCUUGGUAUUGCCCCCGAGUUGGUGCUCAAUUUUGCUAUGAAAAAUGUCUAGUCUAGACUGCUCUCCGUGGCACUGACUCCCUCUUCUGGAUGGCAAUAAUGUCUUCUGUGGAAAUGUGCUUUCUUUGUCUUUAAAAUAUUGAUAGAAAUGGCUUGGAAAUGAGCUCAGU